CUGCUACAAAAAGUCUGGCGCUUUUCUUCGUUGCUGCGGCAGAGUGGAGCGACGAUACAGGAGUGCCGUGUCGUCAUUUCGUCUUCAAACGACAGUUGAUUUUUUACAAAAUCGUCUUCUGAAUAGUAGAUCUAGGUAGGUACUGAAAGAAACAGACUCAUUUAGAACGUGUGUGGUAUAGCGAAGAAAACAUGACGUCGGACGAAAAAGUUCUGCAUGCUGCGCUGCGAUGGGAGGCGGAGCGUAAACCGACGCCGUUAGAUUGGAAGACGCACAUCAGAGAGGAGCGGGACGCGUACAGAGAGGUACUUACUUAACGGCUACACGAAUGUGAUAAUGCAUGUCAUUGAUGUAGUCAAUGCCUUUAAAUCGAAGUUAGUUCUUCACAUUGGUCCAUAUUGUCCGAGCCUCCGAAAAAUCCACAUGAUGACAUUUUUUGUUGAUGGCCUGAUCUCGUCAGAAUGAGGGCUACCACAAGGUCUGUGUUUCACCUGAUUGGAUUUUUCGGAGGCUUCGCUGCAAGGAAUACAUCACUACCGUUCGCGUGAUAAAUUCGCAUGAAAAUUUCUAGAGAAGCGCACUUGCAACCUAACUGAUGACACUUUUUUCGUUGGGCUUGAUUUCGUUAGAAUGAAAGCUACCUAACUGGUCUGUGUUUCACCUGACUAGGUUGCAGUGCAGCAUGAACAUACGCAGUUUAUCUCACAUGACAAAAUUUUUCACGCGCUUCGUUGCAAGAGUCGGACCUUUCAUGUGUAGGUGCGGUUCAUCUAAGUGGCGCGAAAUUGAUUCAGUCCGUUACUCAGCGGGUUUUCCUUACACACUGGUGGAGGACUCGUUCUCUAGUGGACAAACAAACAAACUAUUCUUUCGCAACGCUCUUCAGCAUGAUUUUUGGCAUUUGCUGGCAUCGCGAAUUCGCGUCUCGUGCAAAGCGGCUUCCCUUGCUGCGGCGGUUGCUUGUGGCAGCCGUCGUGUAGUGGAGCCGUUCUAAACUGGCGCUACAGUAAAAACUUUCAAUACUCAACGGUCAUUACUUUCCCUUGUGUGGUGACCGUUCUCUUGUGGAAGGACAGAUCCUGUGCUGAAAAAGAGAACUGAUCUUAAUCAGGACACGCAAAAAUGUCCGCGUCCUGUGCAAAGCGACGUCCCUUGCCGUUUUUCCAGCUCCAAGUCGAAAAGAAUUUUCCUGUAGGGAAGUGUCGCCUAAACGGGCGCCAAAGGAACAGCUUUCAAUACUCAACGGUCAGUGCUUUUUCUUGUGCGGUGACCGUUCUCUUGUGGAAGGACAGAUCCUGUGCUGAAAAAGAAGCGAUCUCAAUCAGGACACGCAGAAGUGUCCGCGUCCUGUGCAAAGCGACGUCCCUUGUCGUUUCUCCAGCUCCAAGCCGAAAAGAAUUUUCCUGUAGGGACGUGUCGCCCAAACGGGCGCCAAAGAAAAAGCUUUCAAUACUCAACGGUUAGUGCUUUUUCUUGUGCGCUGAUCGUUCUCUUGUGGAAGGACAGAUCUUCGAUACUACGCUUUGGGAUGGCAUGCCACGGUAGAAAUUCGCUCCAAAUGAGAAGUUGUCGGCGUGCGCAUCCUGUCCGGUGAUUUUCGCGUGCGAGCCACAAAAGCCACCGCGACUCCGAGACCUUUGCGCUUCGAAUUGGUGGCGCUCAGAUCCAUAAGUCGUAGACAAAUUCUUGUUUGUACUGGUUUCCGCACGGCAAUAGCAUCUUGUCCGGCGGCGCUUGCGUGAGUCUUGGUCUCACCUUUGACGCCUUUUUUCUUCCCUUUUGUCUCCCUCUUUUCCAAUCGGAACUCUCGCGCAUGGCAAUAGAUUGCGCUCCCGUAUAUGAGCAGUGAGAAAACGUUUUUCGUGUUUUCCUCACUUUCGCUGAGGAGCUACAGCAGCCACCGCAACUCCGAGACCUUUGCGCUUCGGAUUGGUGGCGCUCAGAUCCAUAAGUUGUAGACAAUUUUACGCUCUAAUAUUCCAACUUUGUCGUGCGCUGCUGGCAUUGUUGCCUUGCCUCUUCUCUUGCCUGAUUCCCUUCCACUCCUUCCCGCGCUUCGUAAAAACAUUUCGCUCCCGUAUAUGAGCAGUGAGAAGACGUUUUUCGUGUCUUCCUCACUUUCGCUGAGGAGCCACAAAAACCACCGCAACUCCGAGACCUUUGCGCUUCGGAUUGGUGGCGCUCAGAUCCAUAAGUUGUAGACAAAUAUCUACUCUUUCGCCACCUCCCGGCUGUCUUUCCAUACCCUGCGAUACCAUGCAGAGGGCUACUGUCAACCGUCUGUCUUGCUAUAUGCUUUUCCAGCAAGAUAGAACUACUUGACCGUUCGUUGCUGCGUUACUUUCUCCCGCCGGGGUCGAGCUCCAAGCCGUUGAGAAGCGCUUCCUACCGGCUACCGCCCCAAGAACAAUAAAACAAUCUUCGUUCCUCCAUCUUCACAUCAGAUGGCGGAUCUCCUCACAUCCGACUUAUCGCGCAUCGACGACAAGAUAGCGUCCGUAAAGGCGGAAAACGAGAACUGCCGCUCCCCCGAGGCCAUGGACGAGAAGAUACGCGGGCUGACAAAUUUGGUAAAGUCCUGCGGGCGCAUCACGCGGGACAUUCCGGAACUCGCGGAUCUCAUGGAGCCCGAGUUCGAGGUGGUGAAUAUGCACCAAGAGCUCGAGGAUUUAGCUGCGGAAAGCGAGGAAUUUUUCGGGGCCUUGGAACGAGACGGGGGAGGGGGGAUUGGAAACGAUAGUACAGGUACUGUGGUACUUGCCAUGUUUGCGUGUAGUUGGUUCUGGUUGUCUUGGCAUCAGAAGAAGAUCAUGGUCUAAUUUCAGCUUGCUAAAUGAAAUUUAUCCGCCGGAGUCAGUAUCUCUCGCGUGGUGUGAAUUUUCAGUCGCCAUUCGAGUCAUCAAGUCUCCCAAAAGAAACUAGCAGCUACUUUGUGCGAUGCUCUCUAUCGCUGCUUCUGGUAUUUUCUGUGAAGCAGUGGGGAGUGUCCAGUACGCUACAGUGACACGUCAAUGAUUCAAGGAUCACAUGAUAAGUCGUUUCUUUUCUUCGUGUGGGUCUGUGUUUGGUUGCUCAGGUCAAAUUGUUGUGUAGUGACAUAAUCCGCAAAAACAUCCAAAAACAGCCCCUGCUACGACAUCACCACUGCUAGCCCAAACUGGAGCGUGUCCACCGAUCGUGCCGCCACAAGCGGUAUGGGAGAAGCUACGAGCGAGACAAUUCUUCCGGUACCUCGGCAGGCUCGCGGAACCAGGUGGGUCUUUUGUUCGUGUUGUUUGUCGUGUGUAAGUACUUCUCUUCUAGUUGCUUGUAUGACUCGAUCGCCCCGUUGGAAGUUCCUAGUGCUACGACUACAUGUUUGAUGCAGUCCAGCAGAUGAAGAUCUAAUAGGAUUCUUUCAAAACUCCGGCACCACAAGUAGAGUACGCUAACCUUUCUGGUGCCAGCAAGAGUCCAUCAGCGUGGUUUGGCUGUUUGGGUAAACCCUCAGCCUUUCCAAAAAUUCCAUACGCUGCGCUGGACAUCGCUCUACAAUACUCUACGGUGCCCAAAAGAAACCUUACGCUCGUCCGUAGUGCGAUCCUCCUAGACAGCUUCGAGUUUUUCGAUUUUGUCGCCCGGAUCAUUGGCAGAUAACCUUCGGUGGUUCGAGUUUUUCGAGCUGCUUUUUUCUGCCUUCAGUCGCUACUUGGGUGUAAAUCUGCGCGGUCCUUAAGUCACCCGUCCCAAGAGCAGUCGGGGAUUUUUGUCUUGACAAAAUCCUUGCUCUUCCGCCGGUUAGACGCCGUCGGCCUAAUGGAUGUGGUUUCGAGUCAUAACCACGCUACAAUGUUCCUUGAAUAUCGCCUACUAGUUUUCCAUAUGGCAGAAAUAGCGAGAUCAAAUUCGCAAGCGUGACGCUAUGACAAUGGAUCUUCUGAGACAAAAAUGCAGAGGGUCAGACUAAGUACCCGCACUCCAAAAUUCCGGUUUCGACGCUCGAUCUCUGCAGCGUGCUUGACGAAGCUCGGUGGCGGUUCUUCCCGAAGAAUUGCCCCUUGCGAGUAGACUUGUCACAAUGCGUUUUCGAAACUACUCGUCUCUCCGGGACCAACUGUGUGGAAGAAGAAACAGAGUGUUUUAGUAAAUCCGUUUUGGUUUUGCGUUUUGUGAGACCAAUCUGGAUUCCGAUUUUGUCGGCACUCAAUCUGCGCGGCCCUUAAGUCACCCACCUUGAAGACGAGGAAUUUCUUUCCUCGUCUUCCUGCCGGUUAGACGCCGUCGGUCUAGUAGGUGCGGUCUCGAGUCAUAACCACGCAACAAUUUGUAUUUGUGCUGUCUCAUGCAAGAAGAUCGCAGUGACUACUGAUCAGGAAUCUGAUGCGAGCAGAUCAAAAUUUGCUUUGUUAUGCCAGAAACCAAAAUCUCAGAUCCUGAAACCAUGGAACUGGAAGACCGACUUACGAAUCUGCGGUUCCAAGCCGGGCAGGCUCUACCGGACGACGCUCUAAUACGGAACUGGGAAAUCGCGGAGAAGGCAAAACUGCAAGCAGAAUUACAGGCGUGUCGGGACGAUCCAAAUUUUAUCGCCAUGGCAGAGGACGACUCGGCGGAAGAACCCGGCAGUGCCUUUGUGUGAAGGGCGAGGAGGCCUUUUAUUUUCGUGGAUGCAAGCUACCUGCUCGUCGGGUGCAGCGUGCUCUCGUGCAGCUAGUCGCGGCGGUGGUGAUGCAUGGGGUCGGUUACGCGACCGGCAUCUUUUCGUUUUGAUAGAGGACAGUGGAGGCGAAAGGGGGCGGUCAUGGUCCCAGCAUUUAGGGAAUUUGGUAGCGAAAACAUGAACAUUGAUUUGAAAGAUUUACUAUUUGUUUCGAAGAACGAGAACCACAACCACCGCAGGAAAGAUGAAAAUUCCCAUUCCAAAUCCGAAAAUCGCCGAGCUUCUGCUGCAAGGAAAACUUUUCACACGAGCAACGUGCUUCAUCUUCCCAACAAUGAUUGAAUCGCUGCACAUGAUUUUUCCAAACGCGCAUCAGUGUUCGCGGCGUCACGACUGCUCAGGUUCUGUUGCGUUUCGUCUUCUGCGUGCUUCGUAAGUGGUUCUUGUUGGUGGUUUGCUCAAAAAAGAUCCG